AAAAAUGACACAAUACAGAAUAGAAAAUUGUGGCUGUGUGGGUGAGCGAGUACAGUUCUACUAUUACUCACCACUCUAACUUCACCAUCACCGUCGACGGCUUCGAGUGCGACGGCGCCCCUCGCCAUCGACGGCUUAUUAGCCCAUCACCUCCGCCUCAGGAACUUCUUCUCACACAACCAUAAGAUGGCUCAGAUAGGUACUUGGCAACUUCAAAAGCUGAUAGUUAGUUAUUGUGACUGGGGAGGCAGUAUCAGGGGCAUCAGAUGCUUCAAACUCUUUGGUUCAAACUUCUUAACCCCUCGGAGUGUUGGAGUUGGACUCAAUCGCUUCAACAGCUCAAACAAACCUCGUUUGCUUCGCCCUUUGCUCGCCUUAUCCACAAAGGGUUAUUGUGUAAAAUCCAGUGGUUUGGAUUCAGAUUUAGUUGGGGGUGUUCAUGAGGAGAGGAGUGCAACCCUUUGUGCAAAAGGUACAUUGCACCAAGGUGGACUAGUUUCUUCAGAUGAAAAGGAUGUAGACAAUAAUUCUUUGGACGGUAGAUUGAUGCUCAUUGAUGGCACGUCUAUCAUUUAUAGAGCUUACUACAAGCUUUUAGCGAAGUUGCACCAUGGGCUCCUAUCACAUGCUGAUGGUAAUGGAGACUGGGUGCUGACUGUAUUUACAGCACUUUCUCUUAUUAUUGAUGUUUUGGAAUUUGUCCCUUCCCAUAUUGCGGUGGUGUUUGACCAUGAUGGAUUUCCAUUUGGUCAAACAUAUAAUUCAUCCAAAGAAAGUUUUAUGGCAAAAGGUAGGAAUUUUCGUCAUACGCUUUAUCCCUCGUACAAGAGCAAUCGGCCUCCAACUCCUGAUACUAUAGUUCAGGGACUUCAAUACUUAAAAGCAUCCAUCAAGGCCAUGUCCAUUAAGGUUAUUGAGGUGCCUGGUGUAGAAGCUGAUGAUGUGAUUGGAACUUUGGCUCUUAGAAGUGUUGAUGCUGGAUACAAGGUACGAGUUGUGUCCCCAGAUAAAGACUUCUUCCAGAUCUUGUCUCCUUCAUUGCGCCUUCUUCGAAUUGCUCCACGUGGUGGUGAAAUGGUUUCAUUUGGAGUAGAGGAUUUUGCUAAAAGAUAUGGAGCCCUAGAACCUUCUCAGUUCGUUGACAUUCUCGCACUUGUGGGUGACAGAUCAGAUAAUAUUCCAGGAGUUGAAGGAAUUGGAGAAGUUAAUGCGGUGCAACUAAUCUCUAGAUUCGGCAAUAUAGAGACUUUGCUGCAACGAGUUGAUGAGAUUAAGGAGGAUCGUAUUAGAAAGACCUUGAUAACAAAUGCUGAUCAAGCUCUUUUAAGCAAGAACUUGGUGCUUUUGCGUUCGGAUCUUCCAUUCUACAUGGUACCAUUUGUCACUGAAGAUCUCAUAUUUAAGCAUCCAGAGGAUAAUGGGGAGAGGUUCAGUAGCCUCUUAACUGCAAUGGGUGCCUAUGCAGAAGGAUUUUCAGUUGAUCCAGUCAUCAGGAGAGCAUAUUACUUGUGGAAGAAGCUUCAACACUAACAAAGCCAAAACUUGCUAUGAAGAAUAGGAACCAGAGAUACUCUUCUGUACAAAAGCCAUUGAGAUGAGAAUGUCCUUGAAAAUGAGUAUACAACAUGCAAUCUUUACCUUGUUUUAUUAAUUUUACCUCCUGAAAUAUGUAACUCUCUACAAGACUCUUUCAAUUACCUGAAAAGAAAAGUUGGUGAAAAGUUGGGGCUACUACACAAACUGGUAGUUCUUGAGGUUACUAUUGACUAACAUGGAAUGAAUGAAAAUCAGAAGAUAAAAGUUGGACAAGUAAUAUACUGACAAUGUUCCUUUCCUUCUUGUCAAAUGACAAUUUCUACCUCUUAAAAUAAAGGGGAUUCUUUAGUGCACCCCCCAUUUUGGUUGUACUGGUCCACCUUUUAUGUUUUUGGUAUCUGGAUGAUUUUCGGUGUAAUUUUUUCAAUAACUUUGUAUAUUGUUGUUAUUUAGAACAUAAAUUACUCAUAAUUUAUAGUGCAUAAAACAAAGUUUAAAUAUGUUACUUUUCACUCGCACAAUAAAAUUAGUCACGUGUGCAAUAAACUAAUAGUUGUAGAAAAUUCUGGGUUUGUCAUUGUGUUUUUUGUGUAAUUUUUUUAGAUGUGUUUAUAUUGAUGAGAAGAUUGUAACCAAAUUCAUUUUACUUAUAAUAAAUAAACAAAUAAUAAUUUGGAGUAA